UCUUUUCCUCCCCCUGUUCGCCCUAAUCUCGGCUGCUUCCGAACAAUGUAACAGCCACAUAAUGGGAUUUAUAGAGUGUGUAUGGUAAGACUGGCUGUUGAUUUUUUUCUUUCUUUUUUACUUUUUAUUUUUGCGGCUGGUUUUUUAGACAACUGGUCUCAUUAACAUCGAAGUGAAAUGCGGAUUUUCUGAGUGAACAGGUAAGGGGGUGCCAUGCCAGCUGCUGCUGUCCUGCUGCUCCUCCUCGGCAUCCGGUGGUGGCCCCUUGUACCGCUGCUGCUGCCGCCCUCCCUCUCUUCCACCUUGACCCAGACCCCUAGGUCAUCCCCAGGCAACGUCGCCUCUGCCUUCCAUGGUAGCGCCUCCAGCCCCGUCCAUGUUUCACUCAAUGGCACCCCACUCACGCACCUCCUCCUGGAUUCUGCUUCCGGACACGUCUAUGUGGGGGGGGUGAAUGCUCUGUACCACCUCUCAGCAAACCUUCAGAUCAUCUCCUCUGGUCGCACUGGACCCAAGCUGGACAGUUCUGAUUGCUUGCCCCCUAUCGACCCCCGCGAAUGCACCCAGGCUCGGGAGACGGACAACACCAAUAAGAUUCUGCUGCUGGAGGAAGAGGACCGGGAGAGGUGCCUGAUCGUAUGUGGGACCAUCCUGCAGGGCACCUGUGAGAAGAGGAGCCUGGGGGACGUGUCACAGGUGCUCUACCAUACGGACAAUCCCGUGGACUCCCAGUAUGUGGCUGCCAAUGAGCCCCGGGUGUCCACAGUGGGUGUGGUGGUGAAGCUGAAGGGCUCUUCGCUGAUGCUGGUCGGCCGGGGGUACACCAGCAAGGGUCCUGGGGGCAUACCGCCUAUAACCACCCGCCGGCUGGGGCCCAGCUCGCAUCAACUGGCUCCCACCUUCUCGCACGAGGAGCUGGGUAAGCUGGUGGUGGGCAGCUACUCCGAAUACAACAACCACUUUGUGACGGCACUGCAGCACAAUGGCUAUGUCUACUUCCUGUUCUCACGGAGGGACGUUUGGACGAACCGGGAGUACCGCACCUACGUGUCGCGCCUCUGCGCCGGCGACCCCAACUUUUACUCCUACGUGGAGGUGCCCUUGGCCUGUGCUGAUGGGUACAACUUGGCGCAGGCGGCCUCCCUGGGCAUCCACGCCGGUUCCUGGAGCCUCUUCGUGGCCAUGGCCACGGGCCAGGCAUCCAUGCCCACGCCCACCUCGCGCUCCGCCCUCUGUGUGUACGACAUGGAGGGGCUGGACCGUGCUAUGCGGCGCGCCCAGCAGCUCUGCUACACUAAGGAGGGCCGCGACGAACAGGGCCUAGAGGAGGCCUACAUUGGGUACGAGGUUUCCUCGCAGUGCCUGCGUCUAGCCGAGGACUCCCUGCAGAAGUACCCAUGCGGCGGAGAGCACACCCCCAGCCCCAUCGCCAGCGCCGUGCCCCUCCAGGCCGACGCCUCCCUCACCUCUGGUACCUUGCUGACAGCCGUGGCGGCUGCCACCGAGGCUGACCACACCGUAGUGCUGCUGGGGGACAAGAAGGGGACUCUGAGUAAGGUGUUUCUGCACCACAACGGUUCUGGCGAUCUGUACGAGACUGUGCUCGUGGACAAGGACAGCCCCAUAAACCCAGACCUGCUUCUGGAUACGGCGGGCCAGAGCAUCUACGUCCUGACGGAGAGCAAGGUGACCAGGCUCCCGGUGUCCCUGUGCAGCCGUCACUUAGAAUGCGACUCCUGCCUUUCCGCUCGGGACCCCUACUGCGGCUGGUGUGUGCUGGAGGGCAGAUGCUCCCGCCGGAUGGAGUGCUCUCGUCACAAGCGGCCCAACCACUGGCUCUGGAGCUACCAUGAGAGCAGCAAGUGCGUCUCUGUGGAGAGCGUUCAUCCGCACGUGCACAGCCGGGAGGAGCAAGUCAACGUUUCCCUGAGCGUAGCACAGCUGCCCUCUUUAUCAGAGGAGGAGACUCUCUCUUGUUCGUUUGGUAACAUCCAUAUUCAGCCCGCUGUUGUCACGGCGACCAGCAUCAUGUGUCAGUCACCCCUGCCUAAGCUCCUCCCUCCCAGCCCAGCUGGUAGUGAUCAUGUGUCUCUGCAGGUCUCCCUGAUGUUUGGGGAGGUGACCAUUGCCUACACCACCAUCAUCUUCUACGACUGCAGAGCCAUUGGGGCACUCAACAGCACAUCCCCCUGCAUGGCCUGCGUGGGCAGCAGGUGGUCGUGUCACUGGUGUGCCCUGGACCAGCUGUGCAGUCACACCAUGCACUGCACCGAGCAGCACGUCAUCCACAGCGCGCUGGCCCAGCAGCUGGAGCCCCGCGGCCCGGACGCCUGCCCCCGUGUGUGGGAGCUGAGGAGCCCCCCGCUGAUCCCAGUCCGGCUGGACGUGCAGCUGGUUCUCCGGGCAAGGAACCUGGGCCUUUUUGCGGCUGGCGAGGAGUACACCUGCGUGGUGGAUAUCGAGGGCAAGGCCGUGGUCCUUUCUGCCACUUUGCAGGAAGGGGAGGACGCACAGAGCCACAUCAUCACCUGCACUCCUCACCAGUUCCAGUACUGGGUGCAGCAGAUGGAGUAUUCCGCCCCCGUCUACCUGCGGCGGGGCUCCGCCCAGCGCAUUGACUCCACACCCAACCUGCGCCUGCGGCUGUAUGACUGCUCGGUGGGCCAGGCCGACUGCAGCCAGUGCUUGGCCGUGCCGACGCGUUACGACUGCGUGUGGUGCGGAGGAGACACGCCCUGGUGCGCAUACCGCGGUUCCUGCCCCGGCGGCCCGGAGAUGACCUGCCCCCCACCCAUUAUUAAGGAGAUCCAACCUCAUACUGGCCCCUUGGAGGGGGGUAUCCUGGUUACUAUCUGGGGGUCCAACCUGGGCCAGCGCUUUCAGGACAUCCAGGGCAGGGUGACAGUGGCUGGCGUGCACUGUCUCCCGCAGCCUCAGACCUACGUUAUAUCAACCAGGAUUGUGUGUGAACUACAGCCCAGUCAGCAGGAGACUGAGGGGCCUGUGAUGGUCUCAGUAGGAGAGUCAGAGCCUGGGAACUCCGAGCAGAUCUUUACAUACCAGGACCCGAAGCUCCAUGGGAUAUUUCCAAACAAGGGUCCCGUGUCUGGCGGGACGACCCUCACGGUGCAGGGCUCUCAGCUGCUGACGGGACAGAGGAGUGACCUGGCAGCCUACGUUGGCCUCCAUCCCUGCUACAUAGUGGAGGAGGUGAAUGACACCCAGGUGGUGUGUCGCACCAACCCUGUGAAUCACACUGCGGAACUAGAGGUCAGGCUGCUCUUCGGCAAAGCGGAAAGGAUUCUGCGACACCCACCCUUCCGCUACAUGGCCGAUCCCAUCAUUACAGAUGCGACCCCUGUGGAAAGCUUCUACGGUGGUGGGCGUGUCAUCAGAGUGAAAGGGAAGAGUCUGGACGUGGUUCAGAAGCCAUUGAUGUCUGUAGGCGUGGAGCCGGGCGACGACUGGAGCGCGCAAAGGCGGCAGUUCAGCCUGCUGACUGCGCGGGCUUACCGCGAUGCCAGCGGCAGCGUUUCCAAGAUACGGGAAGCCUGUACUGAUGUCUCCCCUGAUCAGAUGACCUGCUUCACCCCUGCCAUCCCCAGGGGGCUCAGGGUCACUGGGGUGUGGUUUGAGCUGGACAACGUGAAGGUGGAGUUCGCCAGCAUUGUGGGGAAGCCGUUCAAGUACCACCCGGAUCCGGUUCUGCGCCGCCUCAACCACGACGCCCCGGAGCAGCUGUACCAUUUCAAGCCUGGGGGGGUCAUCGCAGUGGAGGGGGAGGGUCUGACCUUGGCAAUGACCCGGGAGGAGGUGGUAGCCUGGGUGGGGCUCGGUAAGUGUGACGUUAAGACGCUGGACAGCACCCAUCUGUACUGCGAGCCUCCUGAGAACCAGCCACGCAGCCUAGACAGCUCCGAAGAAUCUCCCAGCCUCCGAGUGGUGAUGGGCAAGCUGGAAUUCGAGCUGGGCAUGGUGCACUACGACAGCGGUGAUGUUGUACCCAUGCCCAUGGCAGCCCAGGUGGGCUUAGCUGCGGGGGCUGCGGUGGUGGUGCUGGUUGUGCUAGUCAUCAUCUUCAUGUACAGGAGGAAGAGCAAGCAGGCAUUGCGGGACUACAAGAAGGUGCUAGUUCAGCUGGAGACCUUGGAGAUCAACGUGGGAGACCAGUGCAGAAAAGAGUUCACAGACCUCAUGACGGAGAUGAUGGAUCUCAGCAGCGAUGUCGGAGGCCUGGGGAUCCCAUUCUUGGACUAUCGCACCUACGCGGAGCGGAUUUUCUUUCCCGGCCAGAGGGGGGCGCCGUUGAGCCAGAACCUGGACCUUCCGGAGACCCGCAGGCUGACUGUGGAGCAGGGCCUGGGGCAUCUCAACAACCUGCUGAACAAUCGCGUUUUCCUCAUUCGGUUCAUCCACACUCUGGAGGCUCAGCAGAACUUCUCGCAGAGAGACCGGGGCUACGUGGCGUCGCUGCUCACCAUGGCUCUGCACGACAAGCUGGAGUACUUCACCGAUGUCAUGAAGACGCUGCUCAGCGACCUCGUGGAGCAGUAUGUGGCCAAGAACCCGAAGCUGAUGCUGCGCAGGACUGAGACGGUGGUGGAGAAGAUGCUCACCAACUGGAUGUCCAUCUGCCUCUACUCCUUUCUGAAGGAGGUGGCAGGAGAGCCGCUCUACAUGCUCUAUCGGGCCAUCAAGUACCAGGUGGACAAGGGGCCGGUGGACGCGGUGACGGGAAAGGCCAAGCGGACCCUGAAUGACAGUCACCUGCUGAGAGAGGACAUCGACUACUGCUCCAUGACGCUGACAGUGCUCAUUAAGAACGGAGCUGAGGUCCAGCCCUGUCCAGUUAAGGUCCUGGAUGCUGACACCAUCACCCAAGUCAAGGACAAGAUCCUGGACCAAAUCUACAAAGGAGUGCCCUUUUCCCAGAGACCUACAGCCGACUCCUUGGAUCUGGAGUGGCGAUCUGGACAGGCGGGUCACCUGACCCUGUCUGACGAUGAUGUCACAGCGGUGGUCCUGGGCCGCUGGAAGAGGCAGAACACGCUGCAGCACUACAAGGUGCCAGACGGGGCUACGGUGGCUCUUAUCCCCCGCACCCAGAACUCUGGAAUUAUGGGAGUCAACCAGGUCUACCAGACAGGAGAGAAGGUCCCGAUGCCGGAAGGCGAGGAGGAGGAGGGGCUGCGUCUCUGGCAUCUGGUGAAAUCCAGCGAGGACCCGGAGAUUCCCAAGCAUCGGAAGAGCAGCAUGAGAGAGAGAGAGCGAGCCAAGGCUAUUCCCGAGAUCUACCUCACACGCCUGCUCUCCAUGAAGGGUACGCUGCAGAAGUUUGUGGACGACGUGUUCGUUGCCAUCCUGAGCACCAAGCGCUCACCGCCCAUCGCCGUCAGAUUCUUCUUCGAUUUCCUGGAUGACAUGGCCGAGAAGCAUGGCAUCGAGGACCCGGAGACAGUGCACAUCUGGAAGACGAACAGUCUGCCCCUGCGUUUCUGGGUCAACAUCCUGAAGAACCCUCAGUUCAUCUUCGAUGUCCAGGUCACAGACAGCGUGGACGCGGUGCUGUCCGUCAUCGCCCAGACAUUCAUCGACUCGUGCACCACGUCGGAACACAAAGUGGGCCGGGACUCCCCAGUGAACAAGCUGUUGUAUGCCAGAGAGAUCCCCCGGUACAAACAGCUAGUGGAGAGGUAUUACAGUGACAUCCAUAAUGCAGCUUCUGGCUGUUACCAGGAGAUGAAUUCCACCCUCACUGAGCUAUCAGGGAGCUUUGCGUCAGAGAUGAAUGGCUUGCUGGCACUGCACGAGCUUUACAAAUACAUCAACAAGUACUACGAUCAGAUUAUCAUGUCUCUGGAAGAGGAUCCUGCAGGCCAGAAGAUGCAGCUGGCCUAUCGCCUGCAGCAGGUCGCCGCCCUGGUGGAGAACAAGGUUACUGACCUGUGACUCUGCUAUGGGUCGCUUUGAAAUGAACAUUGGCCUAAGUGCCACUUGAGGCAAAGAACACAACUGACCUGUGACGCCUCAGAGAUACCAGGCACCGGAAGUGGAGGAACCACUGACCAACUCUGGAGCUCCUGUCACUUUCUGUUCCAGAUUCCAACUUGAAAAAUUUUGCUCUUGGAAGUUCUGUUGUUAUUGUUUACUGAACUGGAAGUGAAAGGGACCUGGAGUCAAAACUGGGAAUUAAUUUCUAUAAUCAGUUGGAAAAGGGACUGUAGUUUACAAUACUCAACAGAAAAGUAUGGCACAAGAAAACUGAAUGACUGAUAACUGUCUUUGGGGGUGUGUGUGUACAUGUGCACAUAUAUAGUCUUGUGUGUUCUAGUAAGCUGGUAAGAUGCAUAAUGAGGCACAACAAACAUGUUUUCAUACUGACAGUAUUGACACAGUAGAUGAAAAUGUUUUUUUACUCUUGUUUUGGUCAUUUUCGUGAUUUUCUUUUUGUAUGAAACUGAACCAGUGAACUUUUAGAAUUCAGUUAUUUGUGUAAAUACCUUGUUGCAAUGAAUCAAUUGCUAAAGUUUAAAAUAUGCACAGGUGAAUGAAUAGAAGCCGGUUUGACAGCAGGUAAACCUAUAGUAAGAGAAAGAUUAUGCUUUCUUUCAGGCUACUCGGAGUAGGGCUCUCACUUUUCAGCCUGGUUUCUUAAAACAGCUGCAUUGAGGGUUUUUGUGACAUCCACUUUUGCUGAUCGCUAGUCACAGGCAGUUACUGAGUGUAAAUGCCAGAGCAUCUGCUGUCUGCUUUAAACUAACGCUGUUUGAUAGCAAGAUAUAAGGGUGUGUGGAAUGUAAAUAUUUAAUCCCUUUGGGAGUUUUGCCUGUGGCUUUGCGAAAGUGAACAAUUGUUUGUUCUACAGGAGUAAGACUAAUUUAACAGGGAAACCUCCUCUUUGGAAAAUCUCCUGCCAUAUGUAUGUGGAGUGAGGGAGGUCUCAAGAUCUGGCCAAAUUAACAGUAUUAAUAUAUGUUUUAUGAAAUAGCUUUUUCAAUUUAAUUAAACGGGAUGACGUUCACACUAAAGUAAAGCAAUAAAUGGAUGGGGGGGCAGUGGCUGGGAAGGUUGUGUGGGGUUAGGAGAGGCUGACAAGCGAUCUAGUGAAGAGGGGGGAACGGCAAUUAACUUCACUAUCAGACAGCCUGGGACGUAACAGCCAGCAGCUCGUGGCACCAUCUCUGUAGAAGGGGCUGUUUCGAAUCAAUGCUAUAUAGCAACUAACUUAUUUACUGUAACUUAUUUAUAGCUCAUUUUUACACUAUUACCACAUGUGCCUUCAGAGCUCUCUUGAAAUCACUUGCAACUAAAAAUAUGCUACUUGCUUAUGAAAUUGUACAGGACAUGUUGUGAAUUACUGUCUUUUGGAUUAUUUCUUUAUAUCUUACAAUUGUAGUAAGAUAAGCUGAAUGGAAGUGGCUGCAGUUUUUUCCAGUGUUGUGCUGGGUGUUUUGUGGUCAGUAAAUGGUUACCUUGCUCAGUAGUUUUGCUAUUAUAAUAGUCCUGGACUUGAUCAGAUCCCUCAUCUGCUUAUAAAUAAAAAUGGUAAUGUGUUUUGUCUCACAAUCAUGUGGCUCUUUGCCAUGGCUCCCUGUGGUACAGUGUAUGGCAUUCUUGGUGUACACAGAGUGAUUUAAGCUUAAUUGGUAGAUUGGAAUCUGAAUUGAAUGGUUUUAAUUGGUUUUUAAUUUGCUUUUAACCCCUCAGCACUUUGUAUACAGCCUUUUUUAUUUUAUUUCUUUUUUUGAGCCCGGGUGUGUGUUUUCUUCCAAGCAGUGUGUAAGGUUGGAGUUAGUGUAAAGUAGACUCCAGGAUUAACGUGGGGAAGGAGAACGCGUCCAUGAGCCUGUGUUGACUGCUUAGCCGUGACAGCUCUGCACAUUUAUACUUUAAUUAUUUAUGUAUUUAUUUUAGCUGGAUGCUGUGUUCUGCCCGGGCGACUCGUGGGAACAUGAUGGUUACUGGAGAAAAAAAGAACCAAUCACCAAUCACGACAUUGCUCUGUUCUGCGGGAUGAAAUGAAUCUUUUGCCUGCUUCAUUUUGCCAGCUUCCCCGGCUUAUUGAUGUAAUAUUGAGUAUUGUGAGAUGAUUAUACCCCCCCCCCAUUUCAUGUUUGUGAUUAGCUUAAUGACUGCGUGAAUUACUGGUUUCUUUAAAUUUACCUUCAUGGCUGUUUAGCUUGGUGUGUGUGUGUGUGUGUCUGUGUGUAUGUAUGUAUGUAUGUGUGUGUGUGUGUGCGCGCGCACUCGCCGGGACAUGUAUGAGAAAGCAGUGGCAUUGGCACAAAAUGAGCCUCAGUUUGUGAUCUUGUUCUUCCCCCAGGAUAUACAGAUUGGUAGCUUAAACUCCAUAUCUCUUUUUAUAGUGUUCUCCCUUUUUCCUGCAUUUCUUUCUUCCUUUACCACCUUCUUGAUUAGGAUGUACAGUACUGUGGCAUCUCUUUCCUCAGCUUAUUUAAAUGAUAAAUGUUACAGAUGAAAAAACAGGGUGUUUUGAAAUUGCUUCUUUCAAUUUUUGCAAAUUUCUCAUUCUUGGGAAAGUGUUUGGGGGAAAACAAAUUUGAUUCAGUAAACCUAGCCUCUUUUUGUAUUUGUAAUGUAUAGUUUGCUAAUCGUGUACAUGUGCUUGUAAAUAUGACGAAGAGAAAUUGUUCUUACAUUGGACUUAGUUGGAAAUACUGAAUAUAUCAUUUGAAGAAAUAUUGGAAGCCAAAAUGAGAACCUGAAGGAUUUUUAUUCGGAAAAUAAAGUUAUUUAACAUUGGA